GCGCCGCGUGAGUCCUUCACUGGCAGUCACCAUAAAAAAUAAAAAAAGCCAUCUUUGCAUUGUUCCCGCACCAGCCUGCCCGCUCCUCCGCGUCCCCGGAUCUACCUGCACGUUUCUUUUUUAUUUUCCCCAUCUCUAGGCUAGGUUCUCUCUUCUUCCAUUCACCAUGUCAGACACAGCAGUGGACGCCAGUGUGGAGAAGACCACCAAGGACCUGGUGAAGUCAAAAGAAAAGGUUGUUGAAGAAACAGAAAAUGGGAAGGAGAAGCCCGCCAAUGGAAAUGCAGAGAAUGAAGAGAACGGAGAUGAUGCAGGAGACAAUGAUGAAGAGGAAGAGGUUGAUGAGGAAGAUGAGGAGGAUGAAGUAGAAGGAGAUGAUGAUGAGGGUGAUGAAGAUGAAGAAGCAGAUGGCGCCACUGGGAAAAGAGCAGCAGAAGACGACGAUGACGACGAUGAAGAUGACGUUGAAACAAAGAAGCAGAAAAAGGAUGAAGAUGACUAGAGGGGCCAUUCCCUGUCUCAAUAUAAAUUCUAUAUAUAAUCCUUCUCCACAGCCUCCCCACCCUUUUCACGCUCAGAACAUGGUCACUGAAAGUGAUGCAUCCGUCCCCCCCCCCCCUCACACAGGCUCCCAUGACCCUUUUCUCCGUCCUCGCACGUUACUGCGUCUGAGGCGCAAGUUGAUGUGCCCUUGGUGCAUUCUUUUUAAGCAGCCCCUGGUCCUCUUUAAGUUGAGUGGGCCAACCCUUUCACUGCCAGUUUGGGUUGCAUUUACUUGCUGUCCUCCCCAGUCGUGAGAGGGAAAAAAGGGGCGAGAUUCAUAACGGCAAAAAAAAAAAAGUUUAGCUUUUCCUUUUUAAAUUUCUGAAUGGGAUACGAAGAAACACCCUUGGAUGGGGUUCCUAUGUUUGUAUUUUUUAUUUACAUUUUAUAUUUUUGUACAUAUUGGUAUACAGCUGUCCUUUUUCUGUACCGGGAAUCCGGCUGACAGGGUGUGGGGCUUUUAAAUUACACAUUUUACGUUAUUUUAUUUUAAAAAAUUGCACCUGUAGAUUUCUGCCAAUGAAACCCUGAUGUAUUUUGUUCAGUUUUUUUUUUGUUUUGUUUUUUCUUCUGGGCGGGGUGGCGGGCAGGGUGGAGUAAGACCAGGGCUGUUUCGUCUCCAAGGGGAGCAAAUGGAGAAAUAUUUACAAAAAAAGAAAAAAAAAUUGUUACAAAAAAACCUAAAUAAAUAAGACAAAAUUCCCAUAUAAGAAAAAAAUAUUCUGAUCAUUCCAGUAACUUUUUACUUUUUUUUUUUUUGAGCAUAUUUUUAGCUGUACUUUAGAUGGGUUUGGAUGAGUUAAAUGGCCAAAGAUAUAAUUUUUUUGUUUUUUUUUGUUUUGUCUGAAGUUGCUGUUUACUUUGUCAUUUCUUGGCCUGGCUGGAUGUGUGCGGCAGUAUUGUCAAUAAAACUGCAAUUUUAAUUUGCAGGCUUU